AUGAGCGGAGUCAGCGGCUUUGGACCCCGAGUGCACUACCAGAAGCCGAGGUCUGUGAAUGACUUCCAGGGCGGCUUCAAGUGGGCGAGGGGUGGCCAAGCAGGCCCCAGCCCGGACGAUGAGGACGAAAUGCCUCCACUGAAGGCUCCAGCCGCUCCAGCGCCCUCCGUGCCCUCGCCGGCGCGCGCCGAAAAGCGGCCUUUAGUGGAGGGGAGCAAGGUGCGCGUGGAUGGCCUCACCGGCGCCAAGCAUUUGAACGGCAGCGUCGGAACCCUCGUCGCCAAGGAGGAUGGUCGCUUCCUUGUGGAGCUGAGCUCCGGCCCCGAAGCUGGCAGCAUCAAGGCCAUGAAGCCACAAAACGUCUCGCUCGAAGCCGACAGCAGGACAACUUCGUCGUCGCCUGCAGCCAACUCAUCGAGGCCGACCAGCGCCCCAACCCCGGCGCGAGCCGAAACCAGGCCCGGCUUGGAGGUGGGAGCGCGGAUCAGGUAUAACGAGAUGGCGACUUCUGCCAGCCGCCUGAAAGACAUGUGUGCACGGGAUAGAUACGCGGCAGACGAAGAGCCGUGCGCAGCAUGCAAAUUCGAGCGAAAGUUCUUCUACCAGCUGAUGACUCUUCAGAACUGGGUGCUGGAAAAACGCAAUUGGCGCAAGUUUGCAGGGGCUCAAGACUUAUCAGACUUCCAGGGGCGUGCAUUCAUUGAAGUCGCCGCCGACUGGACGAUGCCAGCUUCUCAGUUCGAGCCACGUGGGGCUGGAACGGUCCCGGACUGGUUCAGCGGCCACGGCUUUUGGCUGAACAGGGUCGAAGAAGCAGCGCUUGAGGCGGGCGACGCACGCCUGACGGAUGAGGAGCAGCUCGAGUUGGAGCGGUUGCUGGAAGGCCUUGAGGGUGAGCAACCCUAUCUGACCGUGCCGAUCUCCCGGCUGGGACUAGGCCCGACGUUGAACACUGCGUCCCUUGCUUUUCAUCAGCUGGCGCAAAGUGGGAGAGAUUCUGCAGUUUCCGUGCUGAUGACAACCUUCGACCUGUUGGACGACGUCGCCUGGCUGCGAGAGGAGCUUGGUGUUCAAAGGCGCACGCCCCUCACGAUCUGCGCACACCCUUGGACAAGUCGGGAUCGGGACAAGCUGUGGAGGGCCCUGGAGGCCGAGUUCGACAACGUUUGCCUCCACUUCCCGGGAUCCCCGCACCUCUCCCGGCAUGCCCGGGAUCCGAAAUCGGCUGAGGGAACGGACGCCGAAGGAUGCGAAGGAAAUGGCCAGAGCGAGUGCAGCGUGCAUGCCAAGCUGAUUCUCCUUGAGUUUCAAGACCGACUACGUAUUGUCAUCUCCAGCGCCAACUUGAACUCCAGGUUCUGGCAGAGUAACAGCGAGGUGGUGUGGGUCAAAGACUUUGGACGCCGGACAGAUGGUUCGCCAUGGCGAGAUUCUGGUCUGCACGUGGCCUCCCUGCUGCAGUCCGGGAAAUUCUGCCGGACCCUCUCCCACUGCUUGGCGGAGCUGCUCAACGGCGCCCCCGGGAAUCAGCGCGCGCUGUGGCUGUCAACGCUCUCGCAGUUUUCGAUUGAUGAGCGCAGCGUCCAGCUCAUCAUGUCCCGCCCGGGCAUCUUUGAGCAGGCAAGGCUUCUCGACCCCGGACAGGUCGGGCUGAGGCUGUCGUUGAUGGAGGAAAGCUUGGAGAUCAUGCGAUCGGAGAAGACGGAGGACUUGCUGUCCGCCGCGAGGGGCGACUAUUCCGGCAAUGCCUCGCUUGUUCAGCGCGGGGAGUGCUGGACACUGUGCCUUGCAGACCUCCCAGUGGCCUUUCCCAGCCCGGCAUCCUGCAAAGCGCUCGCUGCAGCCGAGUUCUUGGGCUUCCGUGGACGGGACGGUCGCCCCCUUUCCUUGGGCCUGGAAGUUGAGCUACUGGCAACCGAUGUCAGCGAAGAGGACCCUGAUACCUCACCAGGCCAGGAGCAAAGUAGCCAGAAGCUUCCGCUGGUGCAGGUCACCCUGAAAACGCCGCAUGUUUCGGCGCCGUAUUUCGAAGUUCUCGAUCCUUUCAGCGAUUGCGAUUUAGCCGAAGGCGUGGGAGAGCUGCUGGCCCACCUGGAGAUCAACUAUGGGCUCAUGGCAUUGCAUGUCGGCUUGUCCCACACCGCGUGGCCCCAGUCCGAGGAGCGCCACUUCGUGGCCCUGAGCUCCUCCUUCAGCACCUUGACGGACGAUUGGUUUCGUACCUUUGAUGAGUGUGUGGGGCGGGCAGCCGGUGAGGGAGACUUGCCAGGACCUCACGUGCUGGUUCCUGAACAAGGUCCCAUCCGUUUUGAAGUCGCAUCUAUGGGGGAGCAGCGUCUCGUGGCCCACAGGGCGCCGACGCACUCACCUGGGCGAGAGCUCCUACCGAACCAUGGCAAGCUCAUCGCUCGACUUUGCUGGAAUGAGGAAGCCGCACAGCCGUAUGGCUGGAUCUAUGUGGGCUCCCACAACCUCUCAAUCUCUGCUUGGGGCACACUGCACAGGGUCGAGGACCGGCACCUGCACUGGAGCGGCAACCGCGAACUGGGCGUCGUGCUCCUGCAGGAGAGGUCCUCUUCGGAAGAGCAGAGCCUUUUUGACAUGGCGCCAUUGCCCUUCGGCCUGCCCCUGUCGGGAAUCUCCUUGGAAGGCCGUGAGAUCUGCGGCGAGGAGUACGAAUGGCCUGGCGCAUGGGAGUGGUGCCAGGCGACCCGCCUCCGCCUCACGCAGCACGCCGCUCACCUCCUCGGAGUACCACUGAACACUGCAGUGGAUGUGCUGCAUACAGCUGAAGACGGAAUGAAGAGGGUCCGACUGCUGCUACCCGAUGAUGCCACUAUCGAGGCAUGGGUGCACCCUGAAUCCCUCCAGGACCAAGGCUGGGGUUGGCAGAAGGAGGCUCAGGAGAUGCCUCGAGGCGAAGAAGAGGAAACCCAUGAGACCUGGGAGCCGGAGCAGAGAGAGGAGGAUUGGAGGUACCACAUUCGGCUAGAUGCCGGCGGGGACAAGCUGAUGAAGGCCAAGAACGUGGAGAGGAUACCAGGGUCGGCUGCUCCUGCCGCCCCGGCAAAGGCGACAGUGCCAGCCUCGCCCACGCCGAGCCCAAAAGCAAAAGCCACGCCUUCCCCGGCUGCCGCGGCUUCCGCGGCCCCGCCCUCCGUGGCCUCAGCGCCUGCGCAACCUCGCCCACGGCCACAGACGGCACCCACUCCGGCCACGCCCAUUCGGCCGCCGCCGAAACUGCGCGACGUCUUACAGGCUGCGAAGCCUUCCUGGACGGAAAAGGACUUGAGCAACGUGGUCGAGAAGCUCUCCAAAGCAAAGGUCUCCACCUUCGAGCACUUGCGCGAUUCCCUGCGAAGCACUGGCGCUGCAUCCUUGAACGAGAGGCUGCGGAGCGCCGGCCAGAAGAUCUUCGCCACGGACACCAUCGCGGCGCUGAAACAACGAGUGGAUCUGGAGGAGCCUCCCAAGCCGCAGAUCGAGCGAAAUCCGCAGAAUCUGCCGGUCCAGCGUUGGGAGGUCGUAAACGACCUCGCUAUGGUUCGCGAGAAGCCGUCGCUUGCUGCACGCGCCCUUGCGCGAAAGGACCGCGGCGAGGUCGUGCAAAGCGCGGAAGAGACUUUCGACGGCUUCCUCAAGCUACACGGUGAGGAGGGCUGGUGCGCGAAGGAUUGCCAGGGCAAGCUGGGACUUGGCGUGCUCCUGCGGCGCCUUCCGGGCCAGCCUGAGCUGAUCCUCGCCGCCGAUGCUCCCGCUCCCGGCCCGGGGCCGCAACCCUUCAAGGUGAUUUUCAGCCCAAGCGUUGCUGUGCGAGCUGCGCCAUCCACUGAUGCCAACAUCAUCAGUGCACGGUCUCCAGGUUCGGAGGACUUUGUGGGUGAGAUGGGUUAG